CUUUUUAGUAUUUUACCUUGACCAGUGCACCACGUCCCGUGGAGACUUCCAAAAAGUACGGAUUUGCGCUCGUAAUGUACUGUCCCUAAGCGCAUGAAAACAUGUGAAUUUUCGCUUGCGCAACGUCAAUAUCAAGACGACAUUAUACCUAUUCCCAUCUGCUAGCUCCCCUGAAGUUGUACUUAAAGAGAUGGGAUGUACAUUCGUCCAAGAACCCCUCACAUCUCGAUUCUACCACCUCGUAAUGAAUCCUGCUGCACUCUGGUGGACUUUUUCUAGUCUCGCAGUCACACUUGUGAUUUUUCAACUGUUCACCGUGCCAUCACACUUGCGCCAUCUCCCUCGUGUGCCUAUUUUCCUUCUUCUCGUUAGUUAUUUAUCAGGUGAGGUCGAGGAUGUGCGCAUCAAGCGCCUCGUUCUGCCAUACGCAAACGAGAGAGGUGAAGGACUUGUUCUCGUGUGGGCGCUAGGUCGAUGGAUAGUUCACAUUCUUGAUCACAAGCUUGCGGUUGAAAUGUCAGAAAACCUCUUGUUAUACCCGAAAGAGUUACCGCCCGAUGGUCUCUUGUUAUGGCGCUUCAUCGGGGGUUCCAACAUCCUCAUGGCAAAUGGUGACCGGUGGAAGAAACAUUCUAGGGUCAUCCAUGAUGCGUUCAAUCUCUCCAUCCCUGUCGACCAGUUCAUAUACCUAUCCAAGAACCUCUUUGAUGCCAUUAACCCGCCCUCAGAGGAGAAUGACACCCAUACUGUCGACUUCGCCGAACUCGCGCAGCGUUUUGCCCUCGAUGCAGUUGGGUCUUCAGUCCUUGGGCACGACUUUGAUGCUAUUCGCACCGAGUCCUUAUUCGUCAAAGAGUACAAUGGCAUUAUGCAAGAUAUUGCCAACCCUCUUUAUUUGAUUAUGCCCUUCCUUGAGAAGGUUUUUCCUCGCAAGGAAGUCAUCAAGCGCAUGGACAACUUGGUCGACAAGUUUAAAAUGCUCCUUCAAGCAAAACGCAAUGACCCUGGAGAUGACAUGAUGACCUUCAUGCUAAAAGACCCUACGAUGUCCGAAGAGGAGCUUCGUGAUAAUAUGGUCGUCCUCUUCAUAGCUGGCCAUGAUACUUCUGCUGGAAGUCUCUCCACUCUGAUUUACUUCCUUGCGAUCCAUCCAGAAAUCCAAGCCGCCGCGCGCGAGGAAACUCUUCGUAUCAUUGGCCCUACUUCUGACCCCAGUGUCGAUACCCUCUCCGCUGCGUCAUUACCUUACCUCAACGCUUGCAUCCGCGAAGCUCUUCGUAUCAACACUCCGAUCUCAUAUAUCGUCCCUCGUGUCACUGCGGAAGAUGCCACCCUCGGAAAGUACUACAUUCCAUCUAACAUCUCACUUAUAUACAACAUCUACGCCAUCCACCACCGCAAUGACGUCUGGGGUGACCCCAACACUUUCAGGCCAAACCGCUUCCUCGAGAAGAGCGAGAAGAGCUCGAUUCUCAAGGAUGCUUGGGUUGCUUUCGCCUCUGGACCUCGGCAGUGCCCUGCUCGUAACUUUGCGCUCUACGAGCAGCGUGCCCUAGCCGUAAUGUUGCUGCGGGAGUAUGAGUGGACAUUACCAGCAGAUUCGAUUCAUCAAGAUGGUUUGAAGAACGCCUUCUCCCCUUUUGCUCUAACGCUCCCUCACGACCUUGAUAUCACUUUCACAAAACGCAAGUAG